AUGGCCACUUCAGACAAAAAUGACAUCGAAGAAAAGCAAAGCGAGACGGAAAAUGUGGAAGGACAUGAUCCGGACAUUUCCUAUCAACUUCCAGCAGCGCCACCACCCUAUUCAUCAGUCGUAUCAUCGCAUGACGAAACGAAUCCAACGCCGAUGUAUAUGCAUCCAGCGCCGAACUUGUUGGUUAUUCGAAGUCGUCACCCGUACCCAAUUAUGCCACUAGCUGAAAGUGUCUUGGAAGAAGAAAUAGAAUAUAUCGAUAGUCACUUGGUAUGGUCAAGCAUCAGUCUAUUCAUGGGAUGUAUUGUACUUGGUGCUACAUCACUAUCACUUUCACUACUAAUAAAACGAUACAAACGAGAACGCAAUGUUCGACGUGCUAUAUGGCUGUCAAAAUAUGUUUAUAGGCUCAACAUCUUUAUUACAUUGGGCUUCUUGUUAUCAUCGUUAUUUCUGACUAUUAGUUUUGUUGCUGUUGCAGGAACGCGAGACGAUUGA